AUGCAAUCAGGUGACAAAGUACCAUGCCCUGAAUCAAUGACCAAGAGUGAGAAAUAUCACUUUAGCAAGUACGGAAAGCUGCCAAGUCGAGGCUUACUUGAUAAAAGAUCUCAUGAACGAACAUACUUUGACUCUGGUGAUUUCGCGCUUUCCGCCACUGAUCAUAUGAGCGAUGACGGUGCUAUUCAAACAGGAACAGAGCAUCCCCAUCGUGACAGCAUCUCGCAUCCUUAUGCCCCUAUCCCAGCCGCUAGUAACGUGGGUAAGGAUGCAAACGAAGAUGUAAAUAGGAAGAGUAUAGUACCGGAAUCAAGUCCUCUUCUUCAACAAAAAAAUUGGAAAAACGGAGAACUGGGUGCAGCAUAA